AUGGGGCUUGCUGUGCAUCUUGGUCAGGACAAGGACAUUCAGCGGGAUGCGACAGGCAGUGUGAAGCAUGCCAUCAGCCUUGCGAAGACCAUUUUGGAAUGCGUGGAGCAAACAGCGUUGGAAUACAUCAACGCUGUUGGGGAUGGGCCAGAGAAUCAGGAAGUCAUGACCUUCCAUGCCAACCUUCUUCUCUUCCAGAUCUCAGCUCUAAGUGAGGUCCAGUCCUACCACCGUGCGUUCCCUUGGCGUUUGGUGGAAUGCUUGGAUCCAGCAUCCUGGGCAACUGUACUUCCUGCAAUGAAGGAUCUCUGGUACUUCGUCAUUAACAUGGCCGAUUGCUUGAAACCAAAUGACAAGCUCUACUGGAUAGUCCAGGUGACUCGCUUCCAGCCCUUCAGAGAUGUCAUGAUCGCUGGCGAGUUCAUAGACUUUGACGUGCAGCGGAUGGGUUCGCCUGCCAGCCGCCCCUUGCAAGAGAACAUCCUUGCAAUCUGCGGGCUUCAAGAGGCUGGUGCGCCCACUAGCCUUUUGAGCUCGUUGCCUUCAGAGCUUGCUUUCAACAAGCUAAGAGAUGCAGCCAAAAGGCACAGCAAACAAGAGAGGUGUCAGCCCGCAGCGCUGCACUCUGUGGCUUGGAAAGCCAGUGUGAGCCAUGUGUGCGGAUGUGAAUCCCUCGAGCUCACAGAGGAGGACUGGGCCGUCCCCAUGAAAGCGUCCCAGAUCAAGGUGUCGGUGCAUUCCAAUAUGAGAUCGUCUUGCUCUGACAUGGGGAUUUCAGUGGAAGGCCUCACGAGGCACAAGCAGGCCAACCAGUACACCAAACCUCAUAUUUGGACUGCUCGCUUGGAAUACCUGGAGGUGCUGUCAAACGCCUUCAAAGCCGCAGAGGGCACGAUUGAGGACAAGCGAGUGGCAGUGACAAAGAUGCACCAACUUUCGUGGCUGUGCAAAGUCUUGCCUUGCAUGUGGUUCCUCAAGCCCAAGACAGAGGAAGCGGACAUUCCUCACGAGUCGUUGAUCAUUGUCAAAGCUGGACCAUUCACCGCCCGAUGUGUGAAGCUCUCUACACUUGGCGACAACUGGUACCGGCUUCAAAGCAGCGAUCCUUUGCAUGAAGUGAUUGUGACUGACCUCGACCAGGUGACAUUGGCUCAGGCCACGCCUGACAUCCAUGCAGGAGCUCUGGCGUGGGCCAAGACAGGUCCAUGGCUCUCGAUUGUGGACUUCGUUUGUGACCAUGGCAUUGAGAAUGUUGGAGCUCAACUGCUAAUUUCCCUUUGUGCGCUGCUCAAAAUCCCUGGCCACAGCAAACUUGAUCACAAGCACCGAGUGGAGCUCUUUCUGAAGACUUGCGGUCGAUCAGAGGAGUACGUGGCGCGAGUCCUUGAGAACUUGCCGGAGCCAAGGAAAAGAACAGCAAAGGAGUCAGAGGUGCCAAAGUGUUUUCAAUUGCCAAUUUGUUUCAAACUAUAUAUUUUGAACUUUUUGUGGGUUGUCAGAUCCCUUGAACUCGACUUGUGCAUCUUCCUUUUGUUCUUGGCAGGUGGAAGAGAUGGACGCAGAUGA